GUUAAAGUAAAUUGACAGGCCGACUCUGGUUUUGCUGUUUUUGCCAUGUUGGCACAGACCUGUUCAUUUUUAUGGGAACUGUAGCGUUCAGCGAGAAAUUCUUAGAAUGUUCAAGAAUUUAAAGAAGAAGCUUGAACAACAAGGAGAAAGUGUGAGCGACAGUGAGCGGAGUUUACCUGGAUCACCCGUCCCUGUUCACCAGACCUCAACAAAACCAGGUACCCAAGUUUCCAGUCCCCUUAGCAGGGAUCGUCAUGGGUACGAGUCUGAUUCGGGAGCCAGUUACACAGGUAGCUAUGCUGGUGCAGGUCAUGCUGUAAACUCAAGACCGACAGCAGAGUUCACAGGGACUCCAGAGGAACUGACAGCUGCCUUGUCAAAGAGAUCAGAACAGUGUAAAAAGUAUGAGGCUACAAUCAAAGAGUAUGCUGCAAUAAUCAAAGACAAGAACAGAAACACCGAGAAGCUUGAGCAGACAUUGAAGAAACAAGAGGAUGAAACUGUACAGAAAGUUCAAGAACUCCAGGAACAGUUCCAGUGCAAGCAGGCUAAGAUGUCUGAAGGGUUUACUCUGGCCCUACAGAAGAAGGAUGAGGAGAGAGAAGAGGUGGAACAGAGAUUGCAGCAGGUGGGAGACUACAAGGAGAAGUUCUUCAAGCGAGAAGAGGAAAAUGAUGAAUUCCAAGGACUUGCCACCCAGGAACUGGCCAAGGUCAAGCACAUGCUGCUUAUCACUCAGGAGGAAAUGACAACAUUACAACUGGAAUUCAAGGAUAAGUCCACAAGGUUAGACCAAAGAGAGCAGCAGGUAGAGAAAUAUGAACAGGAAGUAACCUCACUCCAAAGUCAGCUGGACGGCAAGGUGCUCCAAUGUGGUCAGUUGGAGGAGGAGACGCAGGCCCAUUCCAAGAUGGUGGCCAAACUAGCCAGUGAAAAGGAGGCGUGUGAGAAGUCUAUAGAGAAGUUAAAUGAGGAACUAUCCCAGCUAUCUGGUCAGUUACAAUCUGCGGAGAAAGCUAAAGCUGAACUAGAAAAUGAAAAUGAGACGCUCCGACACAACUUUGACCAACACAGAAAUAAGACUACACAGCUCCUGGAGGAGAAGGAUGACCAUGUCUCCCAACUACAAGACCGAGUGAAAAUGUUGGAGCAGCGGGUCGCGGAUCACAGUCUGGAUGGAGAUGAUAGGGUCCAGGCUGUCAUUGUAGAGAGAGACAACUUGGAGAAGAAGUUAGAGGAGACACACCAACAGCUGUCGGAAAUCAAAAUGACAUGGAGCAACAAGAUAUCACACCUGGAGGAGCAGAUUGCACAUCUGAAUAAAAAGAUAAUGGAGGAUAACGAGGAAAUGGCAAGAAGCCAAAAAUCCGCGGAAACAUCAAGACAGCAAUUGAAGGCACAGAUUUCAGAUUUACAGUCAAAAUCAGAGGAUGCGGAAAACAGGGCGGAAGAAAACUGGCAACUGGCAAACAAGAAAGACUCUCUUUUUGAAGCAGAGAAACAUGAGUUACAAGCUGAAAUAAACAAGUCACACAUGGAGAAGGUGGACAUGGAGACACAACUAAUAGCCAAGGUUACCUCCCUGGAAUCCCAACUCCAGUCAAUGGAGGAAGCAAAAGUGCAUGAGAAGAGUGUUGUUAAGCAGAAUAUUGCACAAUUAGAAAGUCAGCAGCAAAGUUACCUUGACAAUGCUGUAAAAUCGGAGAGGCGCAUGGAAGAGGUUGAACAAGAGAAAAACCGGGUGAUGAAUGAGAACUUGGAGAAGUCAGAAGAACUUACAACAGUACAGAAGGAGUUAGCAGAUCUUCAGACAUCCAAGACAGAACUUGAGUCUAAGGUAACAAAACUAGAGGAACAGGUAAAAUCUACGAAGCUAAAUACAGAUGGUGCGAAGGAACAAAAGGCAAAGUUAAAAGCUUCUGAAAAAGAAAGAGAUGAGCUGAUGGUGAGAAAUGCCGAGCUGUCUCAGCAACUUAAGUGUAUGGAGGUGAGGAAAUCCUCGGAGGAAAAGCAACUCAGUGGACAGGUGAAGGAGAAUGAGUCUGUAAUUGAAGCCCUUCAGCAGGAGGUGAAUGACAAGGUUUCCCAGGCUGAACAAAUGAGUGAAAAGCUACAACAAUAUGAAGGUCAGAUGAAGGAAUUGGAAGUUCAAAGGUCAAAGUCAAUGGAGGAGAGCAGUACAAUGUCCACACUGCAGCAGACAGUCACAAGCCUAGAGGAGCAGCUGGCUGACAAAAACAAGGCCUUGAAGAAACAGGAGCAAAGAUUAGCAGAUUUAAAAAAGACUUUACAAAGAGAACUUAAAGUGCAGGCUUUACCCAACGACGAGCCUAUCGUUGUGAGAAGUGCUUCAGAUCAAAAUCUUCUCUCUCAAAGGUUAACUCCACCCAGUCGGACAUCACCCCCCAAGGACUAUGUGAAUAAUGUAGGAGGUCUGAGCCCCAACAGGCUUCUGGAAGUGCGCAACAGUCCAAAUGACAGGAAGAGUGUCAGUGUGCAUAUGCCAGGGGGAGAUAACUCGCUGGACAAUGAAGUGAAUUUUCAAUACCUUAAACAUGUGGUGCUUAAGUUCAUGUUAAGUAGAGAGGCAGAGGCUCUCCACUUGAUACGGGCUGUUUCUGUGUUGUUGCGAUUUACUCACGAGGAACAAAAACUAAUUCGUGAAACUCUGGAGUGGAAGAAAUCGUGGUUCGGUAGCCGCCCACAAACCGGUGCUGGUCAAAUGACUAGAUUUAUUCCACCGUCAUAUUGACAGACCUGUAAGCACUGUCUACGAGGCUGUGAUUAAUUGUUUCAUUAAGUAACUUGUGAGACAUGGUGUAUGUAAAUGGUAAGUAUGUGUUAAAGGAAAAGCCUACAUGGAAUUGUUUUUACACUAGGGAUAAUAUUGACCUAUAUUUAUAAUAUCAGUUUGAGUGACAGACCAUAUUGAUAUUUUUCGAAGGUUGAGUUAGUCAUGCAAUGACUACAGCACACUUAUAUAGACUGAUUUUAUGGCAAUGGUAAUUAAGCAUUAGUCAACCAGGAGUGUAUACAUUAAUAACAUGCAAUUGUUUCAUGGCUUUUUGGGGAACAGUCAAAACUAUCAUCAUCCCGAGGUAGGGGAAAGCUCUGGGAAACUGUUUGCCCGAGGCCCCUAGGCCAGGGGUAAACAGUACCAUAGGGCUUACCCCUACCGAGGGAUGGUAGUUUUGACUGUUCCCAAAAUAGCAUUGAAACAAUUGUUUUAUUACCAAAUACAUAUUAGUAUCAAUGCUGCAUGUAAUGGUGUUAAUUUGUUUAGAAAUAACUAAAGAGGUCAAAUAAAUGCUUGAACGGGGCUCUCGAGGGGGGAUUUCUGCGCAUCGAAUUCGCGCCGGGUAACAGUUUGCUCUGACCGGGAAAACA